AUGUUAUCACAGUUUUACAAGUGUGUCAGAGAGCACUACGAUGGCCGGGUAGCGUAAAUACGUUAUAGGCUGUGGCCUCCGUGAAAAGGACACGCUCCCUUUGAAUAAUGAAAACUCCUAGUCCAACCUAAUUAUGAAAAAGGGGGAAACCAUCCCCGGUUCUUUUUAAUUCAUGUCAUUUUCUGCAAAGGAAUGAGACAUCUAAUGGUACUGAGAAUUCCCAGUAGAACAAAAUAAUAUAUAUAUGUAUAUAUAUAUAUAUAUGCUGAAAUGCCCAAAUAUUGUUUUAAGCGUCCACUUAAAGCAUUCUGCAUAUGUGUACAUGAUGAUAUAAACUAGAGUAAAUAACAAUAUUCGAGCUAGAUAUACGAUUUACGACCUUUUUGAGUCAGAUAAACCAAUUUCAAACUCUUUCGUGACUGACGCCUUAGCCGGAGCUAAAAAUAUGAAAGGUGAAUGACGCUGGAGCUAAUGCCGCUUUCACUUAUUCUAAUAAAUUAGGUAAAUAUUACUCUAGAUAUCAGAAGAGUGACUAUACACACAUUUGUUUUGAGCAAUGGAUCCAUUCAUACAUCAUCCAGACUAUUCAAACAGCGUGCAAGUGUUUCCUUGGAAAAAACACUUCUUGGUAUCCGUCACUCCGCUGCUUGUAAAAUGCACCACCAGCAGGCCGCGGCGAUUUUCUGCUCCAUUUUCUACACCAAAAAACCUUUUCGCAUUGCACCCCCACCUCUUACUCACAGAACUCUGCGAGUUACGCUCAACCAUAAAACGCAGAAAAGUACCCAACGCGCCACAAACAAGUCAACGCUUUCACAGAGCCAAACACAUCCUCUCCUCGCGUUGACCAUCAACUUCAGCACAUUUAUGACUUGACUGCCUCCGCUCUCCAGUUCAUUUCAGACAGCCACGUGCUUCCUGACACGCCAAAUUAGUCUGAAUCAUUGCACUUAAGGGCCCAGAUGCUACCUGUCUGUCGCCCUCCACUGACGGGGCAUUAAGGCAGCCCGGUGCCGGCUAAAUGACCCCCUUAUGCAUGAGUGGCUCCGUCUCCUUAUCUGCACCUCGCCCCCUUCCUUCCCACCUUGUGGCCACCGCCUCCUUUUUCUUAAUCUCCCAGAUUUUGUCUCCUUCUUCCAGCUCAGUCCGACACACCAUGGAAGUGCAGCAGCUGCCGGGAACGCAGAAUCUGUCUUUUGGAAAGACGUGGUUAAUAAAUGGAGAAGACACGAGGACAACCGUGCACGUAACUACCAGUCAAAUCAUUUGACCGCCUUGAAGGACCGUCCCCGUCAUGGUGAACUGGAGCCACGGUUUGCUUUUGGCCGGUCUUCCCUUGGCCCUCGGCCGCGAUGAACACUCGCUGCUGCCUUCCAAGGAUUAUGCUGCCCUCUCCGUGUACACCUUCACCUUCCUGCUGGGCCUCCCCGCCAACGUGCUGGUCCUGAUCGUGUACGCGCGCAAGGCCCACAAGCGCGGCGCCACGCCCAACGUGGUGUACGCGCUCAACCUGUGCGUGGCCAACCUGGUGCUCGUGGCCUGGCUGCCCGUCAAGGCCCUCGAGACUUUGCUUCAGGACUGGCGGCUGCCGGCCCCCGUCUGCCCCGUCUUCAGCUUCUUCCUCUUCUCCUCGCUGUACGGCAGCUGCCUGUUCCUCACCGCCGUGGCGACGGGCCGCUAUCUCAGCAUCGCCUUCCCGAUCGUCUACAAGAGGUACCGGCGCGCUCGCAUCUCUUGCUUCAUCAGCGGCGUCCUGUGGCUCGCGGUGCUCUUGCAUCUCAGCUUCGCCCUCGCCGCCGAAAGGGGGGCGAACUUCGUCUCCACCGAGGACGACACCUCGGCCUGCUACGUCCACUUCAACGGCUCCCAGCUGGCCGUCCUGCUGCCCCUGCGCCUGGAGAUGGCCGUCGUCUGCUUUCUCCUGCCCCUCACCGUGACGUCAUUUUGCACGCUGCGCUGCGUCACCCUGGUGUGGCGCUCAAACCUGCGGCCUGCGGGGAAGAGGAGGGUGCUGGCUGUCGCCCUCUCCACGCUCGCCGUGUUUGUGGUGUGCUACGCGCCCUACAACGCCUCGCACGUGGUGGGGUUCGCGUCGAACGCCAACGUCGGGUGGAGGACGUACGCCUUGCUGACGAGCUUCUUUAACGUUUUCCUGGAGCCCGCCGUCAUGCUGAUGCUGUCGCCGGUGGUGGGAAGAAUCUGCGGACGGCAGAGCCAACUGAGCCGGGACGGACGGCGCCGCUAUCGACGCAACAGCACCAACGGCGGUGCGAAUGCCCGGGCGCCACACACGGUAUCUGAGAGGAGCCAGGCGGGGGGCGAGGUGACCAGAGAAAGUCAGGAGAAGGCGGGACAGUGUGACACUCACGGUGCUCCCGGCAAGAUGAGAUCCGGGGUUCCUCCUCCUCACAGUAGCAAAGGAGCGGAAGUCGGUGGCGGAGGCGGCUGAAGGGGGGCGAUGGCUUAUGGCUCCGUCUGCUCCGAGCUGUAACCGGGGAAACACCACGUCACGGAGCUGCCGCGUGCAGAGACGUCUACUGAGAUGAUGAAAUUAGUUAUUAGUUCUGAAUGUUAACAUGUUAGGUUUGCAAGUAAAACAAUUAAAUCAA